UUUUUAGAGACACUUUGAAUAUAAAUUGUUUAGAUAUGGUCGAUGCAGAGCCUAAGAUUGAGCCUCCAGAUGAUGAUUGGGAAUACGUCGGAGAACAAACUGUUAGUUUAAGAAUGUAUAAGAAGAAAGCUGCAAAAUUACAACAGGGAAGCAUUCUUGAUGACAAUCUCCAUACAGUUAUUUAUCAGGAUAUCAGAAACUCUCCUAUUAGUCUAAAAGAUGAGAUUGAUCAGAGUUUUCCCAGUUAUUCAUGCGAUCUUUGUAACCACAGAUCUAGUAAUGAGGAGAGUCUCAGGUAUCAUAAGGAAACAAGGCAUCAAGAAGGAAAAGAACCAAGACACCAAGAAGGAAAAGAACCGAGACACCAAGAAGGAGAAAAAACAAAGCACCAAGAAGGAGAAAAAACAAGGCACCAAGAAGGAAAAUAUCAAUGUAAUCAAUGCAACUAUUUAGCUAAUAACGCCAGAUCAUUAAAUCGGCACAAGGCUAAUGCACAUUUAAAGAGUCGAUUUAAAUGUGAUGAGUGUGAUUUAGUUUUUAAAACUGAACUUGGAUUGAAACAACACAAACAAAAGCGGCAUCAAGUUAAUUGCCAUUCCGGGAGUAAAUUAAAAUAUCAUUGCGACCAGUGCGAAUUUUCUGCAACCUUUCCAUACCAAAUAAAAGAGCACAUCGAAAAAAUUCAUGAAAAAAUAGAAUAUUCCUGUGAUCAGUGUAGUUAUGUUGGAACAUUGAAAGCAUCUUUGAGGAGGCAUAUGAAGGGAGUUCAUGCUGAGAUUAAAAUUCAGCAACCACGUACAGAAUAUCCCUGUAAUCGUUGUGACAAAGUAUAUUUAAGUUCUAAAACUAUAAAAGAGCACAUUGAAAGUAUCCAUGAGGGGAAGAGUCUUCCCUGUGACAAGUGUAAUUAUCAAGGUCCAAAUAAUCAAUCCUUGAAGAGACACAAACGAAGGAAACAUGAUAAUAUUAGCUAUCCAUGCACUCAAUGUGAACACAAGUCAAAGCAUCCGUCAGAUUUGAAGCGUCACGUACAAAUCAAACACGAGGGACUGAAGCAUCUGUGUGAGUUGUGUGGAUUCGAGUCAACAUCUGUCACGAGUUUAAAUCAACAUAAGCAGAGUGUUCAUGAAGGGAUUCGGUAUCAAUGUGAUAAAUGCCCAAUGUCCUUCAAUACUUCCAGUGCAUUAUCCACGCAUACAGAAAGACACCAUAAUGAGCAAAAAUAUCCUUGUGAUUUAUGUGAUUAUGUUGGAGCAGUUCCUUCAGCAGUAAAGAUGCACAUAAUAAGAGUGCAUGAAGGAAAGAGGUAUUUCUGUGAUAUUUGUGACAAAUCUUACAAAUCUUUGUUUGCUGUUAGAGUUCAUAAAAAGGGAUUUCACGAAGGUGUGAGAUACUCAUGUGAUCAGUGUGAUUUUACAGCGUCGGUUCCGUAUAAUCUGCGACGACACAAACAAAAGGAGCACGAUAAAAAGCAGUUUCCUUGUGAUCAAUGCUCUUAUAUAGGAGCUCUUAGAGAUAGUUUAGGAAAGCACAUAAAGCGUUGUCACCAACCAAAGUAAAUUCAUUAGAGAAAUAACUUAUAUUGGU